GUGCGGAGGUCUGAGGUGGGGACUCGAGCUCGGGAGUCGGGGAUCGGUGAAGUGGGCUCGGCCGACGAGAAGCCUUGUCUGGCGUCGAGCCUCAGCCUGUCCGGUCCGACGACCAGCUUGGACUACGAGGCAGGCUCGGGCUCGGACAACACGGCCGAGGCCGACGUCGUCUGCAACAAACACGCUUUCGCCUACCUCCUCGAGGCGGAGUUCGACAAAGCGUUCAACAUUCUGCUCCGAGUGCCCUGCACCAACAUCCUCGAGGAGGUGGCCAAUCAGUCCGACGACUUUGCCUACCACAUUCGGCCACUGUUCGAGUACGUCUGGGCCACUCUGGAGGAUCACGCGUUCGACAUUUUCCCCGAACUGCUCAACCGCGAGUUGACCGGGCCGGAGCCACGCGGCCGGCCGGCACGUGACGACCGUCCCAGUCGUCACGGCAAAUCGGUCACCUUGUCGGAGCGGACGUUGCGUCGCAGUCGAGUGCUCGGUCCCGAGACGGACGAGCCGCGCCGGCCACGUGUCUCGUUGCUACAGCGCCAUUUGGCCGCCUCCACGUCGCGACGCAGGGCGACGAAGCCGUCAAGUCGGGUCGACCUGGAGCGAGAGGCGGUCGGAUCGGUGGAGGAGGUAGAGACGGAGACGGAGACGGAAGAGGCAAAUGUGAAUGUGGACGUGGACGUGGAUGUGGAUGUGGAUGUGAAUGUGGAUGUGGAUGUGGAUGUGGAUGUGGAUGUGGAGAGUGGAGGGUACGAGGCGGGUGUGUACCAUUUGGGCGAGGGUGCGCGGCCGCGGGGCGCCUCGACUCGGCAGCGGGUGAGGGGGCCGCUGUCUGGCGACACGUCGCGUUGCCCUCGACGACAACAGGCCGUCGGUCGGUUUGUGCAUCUGCGUGGCUUCUGGGAGAGGAUGCUGACGCGGGUGCUGGGCGAGCUGCGCGUGGACAACAUCUUCUGCCCGGGUCGUCGGGUCUGGUCGCGGCUGCUCUUCCUCUUCCACAUGACGCAUUAUGUGCCCGCCCUAACGGAUCGUCUCGCCGUCCACAUGGACGCCUGGUUGCCACCGCUGCUCGUCUGCCUGCAGUCGAGCUACGACAGUGUCCAACAGGAGGCCUGCUGCCUGCUCGCCUAUCUCGUCUCCUCCUACCGACUGUUGCAACGACUGCACUCGGCCAGUCGCAACCUGCUCGUCGCCAACAUCACGUUGGAGACGCUGGACGCGAUCAGUCGACGCACCGACAACUAUCCCGUCUUCCACGGCCUCCUCGGCUACAUGUUGCACAGUCUGCCCUCGUUGGCCAUCAUCGACAGUCUGCUCGUCUGCAUCCCACACGUGGCCGACGACCCGGCCAGCCUGUUGGCUCGCGACUGGGGCCUGUUCGUCUUCUACGCCGUCAAGCACUGGCCGGCCAACGCUCUGCGCAUGGACGCCUUCUACGCUCGCCGGUUGAUCGGCCUCCUCGAGCACUCGGCCCUCCGGCCGCACUCGAGACGCUCGGCCCGACUGGCGCUCGGCUACCUGACCAGACGACUGCGCAUGCGCAGCCAACUCAUCACCAGUUGGAUGCCGAAAGAGGGCGACCUCGAGGCCACUGAGACGCUGUCACCGAGACAAGAGACGUACACACGUACACACAUACAGACAGACAGACAGGUAGAUGUGAGGAAAGAGAGAAACAGAGUGGCAGAUAGAGAGAGAAAGAUGGAGACUGACAAAGAGAAAGAGCAGAUCUCACCGCUCCCUGAUCCGACCCACAAUCUUGCCUCCACUGCUUCACAGGAGCCCAUCAAUUCACCGAUUGCUGGUGGUUGUCAAGCGUUGCUUCGCUCCAAUUGGCCCAUAUCAAGUGUGCCCCACCGGGAGAACAUGACUUUUCGGCUCUCAGAAUCGGCGGUCAUUGACAUCCGCAAGCUCGAGACCGGACAGCCAGCAGCUUCUCUUGGCCUGCAUAUUAUUUCGUUUUCUCUUCCAGUCUGUUUCCAGCCUUCUUAUUCCGUCUCCACCGUUCGAACUGCCCAAUUUCGAGACUAUUCUCGACUCAAAAUCUACACGAGAUUCAAUCAGUUCUGCCAGUGGCCUUGUCCAUUUCUGUCCUCCCAUUCUUUGGCUCAUCUCACUCUUUUCCUGGCUCGUAAGGCACUUUGUCUAUCCGCUUGUUCCACUCUCUCAAUUUCCACUUUGCUAUCUGCCCAUCUAUACUGUUGUCUAUCUUAUCCCCCCUCCUCUCCUCUCUUCCAAUCGCUCGCUCUCGAACCAGUACUCAUGACAUGUCUCUCCUCCUCGUUCUCUGACUCUCGUCUUUUGCAUGUCUCCACACCUGCCUCCUCUUGCCCAACUCUGCCUCCAUUCGUCCCUGUGUACACGUCCCUACGACUUCUCUGA